AUGCUCGUGGACCCACUCGGGCGCCACUUCCAAAAGCGGGUCUGGCCUCACUGCCUCGCGUGGGUGAGGUUCAAGAAGUGGCGCCCCGCGAGCGUCGACCCAGCUGACCACUCGAGGUAUGAUGCGUACUUGAAGCGCUGGCGCCGCAAGAACGCGCGGCGGGAGCUUGAGGAGACGCUGCGAAGGGAGGACGAUCGGGAGGCGGGGAAGCAUGCCCAGGGGGGCGGCAGCAUGGAAUUCUUUCACGACAGCUUCGUCGAGGAUGAUGAGAGCGAUCAGCGGCUGGGGACUUUCCAGCGGCAUCGGCAGAGUGCCAAACAGAGCCAGAUGAGAUGGGCAGGUCCAAAGGCCCCAUCAGCGGAAGAUUGCUUUUUGAACAAAAGGGCGAACUUGUCGUGCCUUGAGCUUGUUUUGCUGAGCAAUGGGUUUUGCGAGACGUUUUUCUUCCAUAGCGCAGAAAUUGGCGCAGGAAUCAGAGUGCAAAGGGAAUGCAACACAGACAGGGUGGCAGACAGGCUUGCGGCCGGGGGCCAAUCAGUUGAAGAGUGA